ACAAUUCUUUGCUGUUUAUUGUCUCGUAUCAGCAACAACGUCGAAGGAAAAACAGAAAAUGACUCACAUCCGUUAAGAAACCAGUCAGAAUUUUGUAUAUUUCAAGAAUAUUUUGAGUAAAACAAGUGUGUUAUAGUUAAGUUGUAUACAUAAUGUCUAGUUGCGGGACAACGAAAGAAUUUGUUGUUGGGGGAAAGUAUCGUUUAGUUCGAAAAAUUGGAAGUGGGUCGUUCGGCGACAUCUACUUGGGCAUCAAUAUCACCAAUGGAGAGGAAAUUGCAGUAAAGUUAGAAUCACAUAAAGCAAGACAUCCACAGUUAUUAUAUGAAAGCAAACUUUAUAAAAUAUUGCAAGGAGGGCCAGGAAUUCCACAUAUAAGGUGGUAUGGUACAGAGAAAGAAUACAAUGUGUUAGUAAUGGAACUACUUGGUCCCAGUUUAGAAGACUUGUUUAACUUUUGCAGCAGAAAGUUCACAAUGAAAACUGUCUUGAUGUUAGCAGACCAGAUGAUAGGCCGUGUCGAGUAUGUACAUAGCAAGAACUUCAUCCACCGCGACAUAAAGCCUGACAACUUCUUAAUGGGAAUUGGCCGUCAUUGUAAUAAGCUAUACAUCAUUGAUUUUGGGCUGGCUAAGAAAUAUCGUGAUAGCAGGACGAGACAACACAUUACGUAUAGAGAAGAUAAAAACCUCACAGGCACGGCAAGAUACGCAAGUAUUAACGCACAUCUGGGUAUUGAGCAAAGUCGUCGGGAUGACAUGGAAUCCUUAGGCUAUGUGCUGAUGUAUUUCAACCGUACCAGUUUGCCAUGGCAAGGGCUAAAAGCUGCCACCAAAAAACAAAAGUAUGAAAAGAUCAGUGAGAAGAAGAUGUCAACACCCGUGGAGGUUCUUUGCAAGGGUUUCCCAGCUGAAUUUGCCAUGUAUUUGAACUACUGUCGCGGGCUUAGAUUCGACGAGGCACCAGAUUAUAUGUACUUGCGGCAACUUUUCCGAAUCCUCUUCCGUACACUGAACCACCAGUAUGACUUCACCUUUGACUGGACACUACUCAAACAGAAAGCGGCGCAACAAGUUAAUACAAGUCAAGGCUCGAGUGCUGUCGCAGGGGUCGCGACACAGGGCAAGAUGAGCGAGAGUAAAGGCAAGAGCAAACGCUGAGCUUGAAACAGUCCUUCCUUAAAAUUGUGUUUCUGAUGUAUGUCCUCUCCACUACUUGAUGGUGCGUUCAGCACUUUGCGAGAGACUAUUUUAGUGUUGAACUCUUGAAUAUGAAGUGUUUACGUUGAGAAAAAAAUGCUACGGAAAACUGCUAUCAUUGAAAUUGUACAAACUAGUCCCGUUAAGUGUAAAUACAGUGCUUACCAGAACUAUAUGCCACCAAAAAACAAAAACACUGAAUAGGACACGUGAUUUCCACAGAUUACAAACAGCAGGAGGAUAGUAACUAAUUCAUAUUCUUUAUGAGGGUUUCCUAUUGGACAGUGUGGCCCAUAUGGCGUAUUUGCACGGGGAACCAGUCUUUGAUAUAUAACCUCGUAUCGGCUUUCUAAUUAUUCUGAGCAUGUGAAGUGUAGUUGAGUUUCAAUUUUUUCUAGUGAGUUGUUUUAGCAUUAUUUUAACUGUGUAAAAGGAGGGAUUUAGGUGCGUCGGUACGAGAUGUGAUGUAGAAUCAUUGCUUUUAGUUUAGCAGUAGACAUUAAUAUCAUAAUCCAUGUUCAUAUUAGGUUAAAACAUACAAGGUAAAGUAUGCUGGACAUUUUCAUAUAAGAUAUGGACAGUGUUUCUUGUUGCACGGCAGUACAUUGUUAUGUCAUCCUAAUUAAAGAUCAUGUUUAAGAUUACAUAGUGCAACUUCACAAGUCUCUCAAAAUACUGUGCUGUCUUUUAGUUUUAACAAAAUUUUUAUGAAAGAACGUAUUGUUGACUACCGUGGGUAUUGUAUUGAUUCUGUUCCAUACACCAUAUUUUUGGUGGGUAGAAUAUAAAAAAAAAAGAUUAGUUUUUAUCUCUGCCCACACUAUAAAAAUUUAUGAGAUAUUCCCAUAUUUGGGUGUGAUAUGACAUAAUCCUGUUUGUCACAGAAAAUUUGACCAUAGACCUUCCACACAUGCCAGAUGAGAUGCCAACAUAUUUAAUUUUCAAUCUAAAGGUCUUGCUGAUUGAAUGGCGCCCUCUGUCACACAUUGUAACGCAAGUAUAUUCAAGUUAGUUUACAUGUUAUACUCUCUCAAUAUCUUUGUAAUUUUAUCACCUGGUAUAAACAACAUGGUUGCAUUUAAUAUUUUUUUUCAUUUUCAAUAUUUUUAAAUAUUUUUUCUGUAAAGUAAGUUCUAGCACCUCAUUGUUUUGUUGUCCAUGUUGAAAAGUAUAAGAUUUUGAAAAUAGAUUCCCUAUUUGUUAGAAUAUUUAUUUGUUGAAGUAUGUGUUAUUAAUCUUUUAUGCCAGGUGAUACAAUGAUGUUUUGCAGCAUACAUUAUACUACAACGACAUAAUACAGUAUACCCCAUAAUCAAUAUGAUGAUAUAAUGUAUUGUCUUAAAAAGAGCUAACAAUAAAAUUUAAUAUGUGAUUUAUGUAUUUAAGUUUUGAACUUCCAAUUGAAACGAGAACAAAUAUUUUCCACGCCAAUCAACAAUCACCUACUGUAGUAGAGCGUUCCCAAAAUUUAAGACUGAUGACGGAAUUCGGAAAUUCAGACAUUUGAAUUGCGACCCACUGACCCCAUAUCCACACAUGCCGAAUUCAGAGAGCUAGCCCUAGUUCACAAUUUUGGGAAUGGGAUUUUAAAAAAGAUUAUAUUAAGUAAUCAAAAUCAAAAAUAUAUAUUAGAACAAAUUAAUAAUGUACAAUGAUGAUUGUAGCCGCAUUGUUCUUUGUUGCAUCAUGGCAAAUGAACAACUAAGUAUGCAGAUUGAUGGCUUCAUUGUUAAUGUACAAAUAAAUAUUUUAAAUGAUCAUAAUAUCUAUAAUAUUAAGAGACAAUUGAGCUAGCUAAUUUUGGUGAUUUCCAUCAAGGCUUCUCGACCCUCUAAAAUGUUUUGGUGACCACUGAUGGGUUACGACCGGCAGUUUGCGGAAGGUUGAACUAGUGAUUAGAUCUUAAAUUUGGCUGGUAAUGAUCAUAAUUAUAUGCACUUCCGUUGCAAAAAAAACAAACAUUUGGCUUUGCCUAAUUAUGGUGAUGAUGAAAUCACUUCAUGACCGUAUACCUUAUAAGCACAUCAUGACUAUAUAUGGGCAUACACCAGUUUUUGUGUCUCAUUGAAAGUUGAUAACUUGAUUCUUUUUAAUUAAGCAAUGUAUUGUUUUAAUUAAUUCUUUCAGGGGUCUUUUUUUCUUUUUUUUAAAAAUUUUACUAGACAGUACAUAUUAUAUCCAGGGGUCCCAAGUUAGAAGAAGUCAUUUCCAGGAGAACUGUUUAAACAAGCUUUCAAUAAUACAUCUAAUUUUGUUUUACUGUUUAUGGUGAUAGAAAAUCGAGACUGACUUCUCUGAUACAAAUGAUAAUAUAAUUGGCAUUACAGUUAAAAAACAAGUUUAAUGAAUUUGUGGAAGAUGGGUUAUUUUCCGGGAUAUUCCUGUCUGGUUGCUGGAUUGCGGUAGGCCUUCCCGAUUUCCAGGAGAUUCCCGUCUUGCAGGAGCAUUGGAACCUCUGUGUAUCUUUAAAGCUCACAAUAACAUGUGAAAGUGUUGUUUUCAUUUUGAAUGAGUGAUAUGAUAAUGUAAAUAAAUACAAAAUGGGACAUUGUAUGACUCAUAUUAUAAAUGGAAAGUUCUUAGCUAUUAUUACACUCCCUCUAUUUCCUUUAUGCUUGACCCCCCCCCCCAAUCUGUUUAAUGUCUUACCCUUAUUAGUUUGCUAAAUCAAGUUAAUUUUCUAUUUUCCAAUGUGCACAAAUAGUAAUUAGUAACUAAUUCAGCUUCUAUGGUAACUGUAUCUCUAACCGUCUUUUUAUUUUAUGUAAACAAUAUUGCCAUAGCAUCUCCCUUGUUUAAUGAAUUAAAUAUAAUAGUUUAAUUCUACUGAUGUUGUAGUGGUAAUUGUUUACAAGAUUCAAUAUCUUGUUCAAAAUAUGUUGAUAUUUCUCAUAGUCAUUAAAAAUAAUAUCGUGCCACUUUGCA